AUGUGCCUGGUGGCACGUGGCGGGGAUGCGUCGGACACCUGCGAGGGACGGGCUUGGGCCUCCCUCUUCGCCUCGCAGGAGAAGUUCUUCCAGGAGCUGUUUGAGGGGGAGCUGGCCUCGCAGGCAGCGGCCGAGUUCGAGCAGGCCAUGCAGGAGCUGGCCCGGGAGGAGCCGCACUUGGUGGAGCAGUUCCAGAAGCUGUCGGAGGCGGCAGGCAGAGUGGGCAGCGAUGCGGCGUCGCAGCAGGAGUUCACCUCCUGCCUAAAGGAGACGCUGAGCGGCCUGGCCAAGAACGCCACCGACCUGCAGAGCUCCUCGGCCUCAGAGGAGGAGCUGGCGAAGGCGCUGGAGGGGCUGGGGCUGGAGGAGAGCGAUGGCGAGAGCAGUGUCCUGCCCGUCAUGCGGAGCAUCAUGCAGAGCCUGCUCUCCAAGGACGUGCUCUACCCCUCGCUCAAGGAGAUCACUGAGAAGUACCCCGAGUGGCUGCGGCAGCAUGGCGAGGCGCUGCCAGCUGAGCAGUACGAGCGGUACCGGGCGCAGCACGGCGUGAUGGGCCGCAUCUGCCAGCAGCUGGAGGGCGAGCGGCCGGGCGAGGGUGAGGAGGAGCGGCGGGCACGCUUCGAGACCCUCCUCGACCUCAUGCAGCAGGACAGUCCCCGUUGUCCCCUGGGGGUGCACAGGGAGCAGGGGUCCCCAGGACAGGCACGGCCGGACCCUGUGCUGCCGGGCUUUAACCUGUCGUUUCCGUCAGCUGCCAGCGAACCUCCAGCCGCGGCGCUCACUGCCCGCGGCACUGCCGCCGCCGUGCAGCCAGGUUUUCCUUGGCCUUGGGACCACCGCUUCCCCCUGGGGAGCCGAGGGCCUCCUUUCUCCCAGGCGCUGGACGGGAAAGGGGCAGCGCUGUGUGCUGAGGCAGCCAGUGCUCAUUAG